AUGUCAAACGAUAUCAGCAACCAAAUAACAGAAACAGUAACGAAAUGUAAAUAUUUUUCAUUGGCGUUGGAUGAAACUUUUGAUUUGACGAGUAUGUCACAGCUAGCCAUCUUCGUGAGGUGUGUUGAUGAAAAUUUAAAUGUAUUUCAAGAUUUGUUAGAGCUCAGCCAGUUGGAAACUACAAGUACCGGAAGAGACAUAUUUAUGAAAAUCAAGGAAUGUGUCGACAGAAAAGGUAUAGCGUGGGAAAAAAUUAAUUCUGUUUGUACUGUUGGAGCACCCGCUAUGAUUGGAAAAAUAAAUGGUUGUGUGGCUUUGUUAAAACAGUUCUUAGGCCGAGAAUUAUUUUCAUAUCAUUGUAUCAUCCAUCAGGAAGCUUUAUGUGCCAAAGAUAUGAAGUUUAAUGAUGUUAUUGAUCCUGUAGUACGCUGUAUUAAUUAUAUCCGAGCCAAAGCGCUUCAUCGAAGACAAUUCAGAGUUUUAUUUGAAGAAGAAAUAAAUGAAUUCGGUGAGUUACAUUUGUAUUGUGCUGUCCGCUGGUUAUCUAAGGGUGAAAUGCUGAAACAUUUUUUUCUUUUGAGGAGAGAGGUCUUGCAAUUUUUAGUAGAAAAGCAGGCAAUGCCUGAUGAGCGAGAUUUACUUGAAAGUGAAUCAUGGUUAUGCGAUCUUGCGUUUUUAAUAGAUAUUACACAGCACCUCAACAUACUUAACCGGAAGCUGCAAGGGAAGGACUGUUCGUUGCCAAUAAUGUUUAACUUGGUUUACGGAUUUAAAGCGAAACUCUCCCUUUUUUUAACAAAUUUGGCUAGAAAUAAUAUCGAUCAUUUUCCUACGCUUGUAGAUAUAAGAGAAAAACUAGAAAAUAUUUCGCCUGACAUCUCGAAAUACCAAACACAAAUUCAAUUAUUGUUGCAGUCUUUUGAGAACAGAUUUCAGGAUUUUGAGAAGGACAAAAAUAACAUUUUGUUUUUCAUGAAUCCAUUUUCAAUCACUUUUAGUGAAAUACAAAAAUAUUCAUGCAAUAUCCAGUUGAAAAUCACAGAAAUUCAAAACCACAUUUCCCUGAAGCAGAUAUUUACCGAAAUUGUAUCAUCACAGCCACAGCUGCAGUCUUCAGAAAAUUUAAUACAAUUUUGGAAAUUAGUACCAAAAGAAGACUUUCCUGCAACGUGUGAUCUUGCCUUGCAGAUUUCAAGCAGAUUUGGAUCAACAUAUAUUUGCGAAAAAGCUUUUUCUACUCUAACCUAUGUCAAAAAUAAAUAUCGUUGUUCGUUAACUGCUUCUCAUAUUUCAGAUUUGAUGUUGUUAUCAACAACAGAUUUAUCACCAAAUAUUGAAAAAUUAUUAGCUAAUAAGUCUCUUCAUAGGUCUCACUGA